AUGCGUGAAGGAGAUAGUGAGAUUACCGACCUGAUACCGGCGCCGAUGACUCAUAGAGGAGAAGAAACCCCAGAGAAAUUCGAUGAUGGAGCGCUGUCGUUGUUGUGCCGAGAAAAAGGUUAUGAAGAUGAUUGCAGAGAAGGCGAUGAAACAGGUGCAACAAUGAAAUCAGUUGGAAAAUGGAUAAUGAGGAUUGAAAUAAUUAUGAGGGUAAGUUGUUUGGAUCUGGUUUAUUUAAUCAUUUCGAAGUUUUUUAUUGAUGCAUGGGCUUUGGUCAGCUUUGCAAGUAUGGUAAGGAUUGGGCACAAGGCAAAGUCUAUACUCAAGAUUUGA